AUGUCUACAGGAUCUACUGGCGAGCGAUUCAACAUUCCCCGGAGCGAGUUCCAAUCCGUCUCCGACAUUGAAGAGUGGGGCUAUGUUCUGGAUGUUAAAACCGACACCCGGAUAGGGAUUAUGUGUUCGGCGCAACAUGUGCUCGAAACUACCAGGAACGGCGAGACCUACCUGGCCACCGACGCCUGGUUCCUCAAUAAUAUAUAUCUUGAUGAUGGCAUGAUCGAAUCGGCGGCUAACUACGCGCCUCACGCGUUAGCAUCGGGCUUGGUGAAAUCCGUAGACCAGCCGGCGCGCGCAACAGUAUCUACGCUGUUGCCCAAACUAUGCCACUGGAGCGACAUGGCAUACCUCAUUUGGCUGCAUGUUACAAGCAAAGAGUCGCCAAAGCCUGUGUUACGCACCGUCUCUCACUACGGGGACAGUGUUGCGUCUGAAAUGGUAGUACAGCAUGUAACAGCUGGAGUACAGCCGCGCAAAUCUGGGCCUUAUCUCGAAUACGAGUUUGAUGCAGACUCAGACGAAGGCUUAGCGAUACUUGGGACGCCUGAAGCAGCUGGUACCGCCUACCUACUGGUACAACAUAGGGAGGGGUUGGGUCGUCGGGUUGUCGACAAGAUUGUUGCUUCUGAUUUCGCGGAUCCAGAAUCUAGGCACUUGCAAAUUCUGUUUCACAUCAAAGAGGCGGAGAAGGUAGAUGGACACGGCAUUUAG